AUGGCAAUCGAAAUCAAAACCCUUGAACUGAGGAUUGUUGCUGAAGUGAAACUGUUUGGAGAUUUCUAUUUUAAGCUUGGAGCAUUUGGUUUUGCAGAGAUGGAGUCUAGCCACUCUAACACACCUAAUGCCUCUAAUCCCCAAACACAAACCGAUACACCCGAAACACAAUCUCCAACUCAAACACAAAAUCCCACAAGUGAGGGCCUUAUGGUGGGAGAUAGGAGGAAAGCCCCAAAGUCGAUUGUGUGGUUACAUUGCACAAAACAAAUAAAGAAGUAUGGUAAUGGGGUAGAAAAGGUUAUAGGGGUUUGCAAUUAUUGCAAAUUGGAGAUGCCGGUGGACCCUAGAAAAAAUGGGACAACGGGUUUAAAAAAUCACAUAGAGAGGAGAUGCAAGCUCUCUCCUCUCUAUCAACAACAAGGUGAUGCAAAUCAACCUUCUUUGACAACGGAUACAAUGGGUAGUGGAUUGGUUCCUCACACAUUCAAUCCAAAAAAAUGUGAGUUAAAGGUUGUGAAGUUCAUCAUUAAGGAUAAGCAUCCUUUUAGAGUCGUUGAGGGCUUGGGCAAAGAUAAUGAGUGUGAUUGGUGGAAAGGGAACCAAACAAGAUAUCCUAUUCUUUCGCAAGUUGCCAAGGAUAUCCUUGCAAUUCCAAGUUCUACGGUUGCUAGUGAAAAUGCUUUUAGCCUAGGCAAGAGGAUUGUGGAUCCUUUUAGAAGCUCUUUGCAUCCUAAAAUGGUAGAGGCAUUAGUGUGUACUAGUGAUUGGCUUAGAGCGGACGAAUUUUCCUUUUACAAGGAACCAAUGGAUGAUGAGGUUGAAUUCUACAAGGAAAUGGAACAUAUGACAACUUAUAGCAUUGGUGCUCAAACAACACAACGGGAUUCUUCAAAUCCACUCACCACCAACACUUGA